UGCUGUCUGGCUUCCGGUUUUAGGCUGAAUUUGACACACAAUGAGGUGCAGGGAACAACCUAUCGCGAAACGCCGCUGUAAAUAAAUAGAACAAUCACUGAAGCCACAGAAUCAUGGAGAAUCAGUGCACAGUGCAGGUGAAGCUGGAGCUAGGACACCGAGCCCAGUUGAGGAAGAAGGUGACCUCGGAGGGCUUCACCCACGACUGGAUGGUGUUUGUGCGAGGGCCUGAGACUGGGGACAUACAGCACUUUGUGGAGAAGGUUGUCUUCCGGCUACAUGAGAGCUUCCCCAAACCCAAGAGAGUAUGCAAGGAGCCACCAUACAAAGUGGAGGAGUCGGGCUACGCUGGGUUCCUCAUGCCCAUCGAGGUCUACUUCAAGAACAAGGAGGAGCCUAAGAAGGUGUGUUUCAACUAUGACCUCUUCCUGAACCUGGAGGGGAACCCCCCUGUCAAUCACCUGCGCUGUGAGAAACUCACCUUUAACAACCCCACACGGGAGUUCAGACGCAAGCUGGUCAAGGCUGGAGGGGUUAUGGUGGUGCCGGAAGGGACGGAGGCAGUGUCGAGGCCCAGUCCAGACUACCCCAUGCUCCCCACCAUCCCACUGUCUGCCUUCUCAGACCCCAAGAAGACCAAGACCUCCCACGGGUCAAAGGAGCCCAGUAAAGAGGGCAGUGGAGGCAGCAGUAAAGGGCCCAAGCCCCACAAGCUAACCAAGGAGCACCGCGAACGCCCCCGCAAAGACUCUGAGAGCAAGGCGGCGUCAAAGGGUGACAGCGACCGCGACGGGGGAGGGGGCAGCAGCAAGAGUGCCCGUGAGCCCUCAUCCUCCUCUUCCAAGAAGCCAGCGGAGAUCAAAGUUAAAGACGAGGGCAAGGUCCUUCCCAAGGCUGCCUUCAAAGAGCCCAAACUCACACUGAAGGAGGCCAAGAUGGAGGGCAUGUCCCCCAAAGGAGGGGGGGCUGGGGGUGGGGGCCCACUGGAGCCCAAAGCCCCCGGGAAGCGGCCUUCCACUGCGGAGUCUCCAAAACCCAGUGCCAAGAAGCCAAAGAAGGGCAGCUCAGAGGGAUCUAAGGGGACAGCUGCAGUGCUCUUCACCGGAGCCUCUCCCCGGGUCUCUUCGUCAUCUUCAGUCAUCCCAGGCUACCCAGAGAAGAAACCCCCCAAGGAGAAAGGCCGCUGGCCCAAGAGCAGCAGGGCCGACACUCAGGAGGCCAAGGAGCCCAAGAAACUGCCUGAGUCUGACAACUCCAACUCUGAGGAUGAAGCCUCCUCCAAAUCAGAGCAGUCAGUCCCCUCCAGUCCCUCUAACUCCAGCUCCAGCUCUGACUCCAGCUCAGAGUCUGAUUUUGAGCCCGGACAGAAACAAGGCCAAGGCCCGCUGCGCUCUAUGGUGGAGGACCUACAGUCCGAGGGGUCAGAUGAUGAUGACAGCAGCUCAGAGGAAGGGACGCCUGUCAAGACCAACCCGCCCAACCGUGACUCUCGACUGAGCCUGGACAGCGAGAGUGACAGCAGUGAAGGCUCGCACCGCCCCAGUCGAGACCCGGCGCCGCCUCCACAGAAACACAGCUCCUCCAAUAACAAGGUCUUGGGCAGGAAGAGCCCAGACAUCUGCAGCCGCCCAGAGAAGGUGCUGAAGAAGGGAUACGACAAGGUAGGAAGGGCCUACACAGAGGAGCUGGUGGACCUCCACCGCAGACUAAUGGCUCUGAGGGAGCGCAACGUCCUACAGCAGAUAGUGAAUCUGAUCGAGGAGACGGGCCACUUCAACGUGACCAACACCACCUUUGACUUUGACCUGUUCUCUCUGGACGAGUUGACCGUCCGCAAACUACAGAGCUGCCUGGAGACCACGGCCACGUGACAGGAAGCCUGCAGCGCAGAGGACCGUGGCGGGGCCGGUGCUGGGCUGCUGUCUCUCCUCAGCCCCUGGACCCCCACUGGGGAGGUGGAGCUGUAGCAGAGCUACAGAGAGAAACAGAAUAACAACAGAACACACACUUUCACUAUUUUCUGGAGAAUGGAGGAACAGGACGAGGGAGGACAGAGGAUGAGGUCAGAGCAGCUAUGCCACUGUCCCUCUAACCUGGACUGGAGGACCAGACAAGGGGAACUGGCCUGGGACUGGCAAGAGAUGUAUUAUAUAUGUUUCUUAUGGAGAGCAGCAGAGCAGCCUGUGUGCAGAACUGUGGAAUGCGACCACUCUCCUCUCCCUCCCCCUCUCGCCUCACUUCUAGCCAUUGCAAACCCAAUACUUCUCCUCUCCUUCCUCCCCACUCACACACUCUUACCCGGCACAACACUCCUCCCCUCCCCCCCAUCUCUGCUGGAGUUAAUUUCUCUAUAGGAAUAUUCCUGUCUAUGCAUGCAUGCAUUCGUAUGUGUGUGUGUGUGAGGGAGAGUGUGUGUGUGUGAGAAUUUGAGGCUUUAGGGAGGGGGGGGGGGGUGGUGUCUUUCGUUAGUCACUUUUUCAGUGUUCUUUAAGCUACAGCCCUUCCACACACACACACACACACACACACACACAGUGAGAGGCAUUUGGGUCCCAUGCCAGGGUGUCUCUACACACACAGGCACUAAGUUGUGUAUGUGCCUAUUGGUGGUAGUGUUCUGGAUGGGGUUCAUCUAUUGUCAAGUUUGUCAGUUCAAACGUCCCUCCCUCCUUCCAUCUCGAUGUGCAUGAAAGGGCUCAACAGCUAGGGGAAAUAGCUGUGGAGGAUCACUUCUGAAUGGCCUUUUAAGUGUGUGUGUGGGGGGGGCGGGGGUACAAAAGCCGUAGCCAUAGACCCCCCCCCCCCCCUCCUCCAAACUUGUACUGAUAAGUUUGGAGUAUUUUGGGGAUUGUGAUUCAGAUACCUAUGAGCUAUGAAUGUAUUAUUGCUCAUUUUCUAGGGCUAGAAACAAACAUAUAUUAUCCUCUCAGUGCCUUUAUGCGUUGGCCAGUGUGAGAGCCCACUGACACUGGUUAAAGAGCAAAGUCCCUCUCCUGACUAAGUGUUAAUUGGGAAGCCUGAAAUUCCAUUUGUCAUAAGUGCCCUCUCAAAAUCAGUUGAUCCUCCCAGUGGGGUUUCUCUGCAAAUUGGAGGCUACUUCCAGUGAUCUCUCUGCUAUUAUUAGGAACACAAGCCUUCCAGAAAUCCUAAGACUCAUCUGUUCAUCAGCAGUGGUACUUUGCCUUGUUUCUUUCCAGAUCCUAAUAUGAAUGGUUGUAUAGCUGAUAUUGUGUUGUGCCUCUGAGGUUUAGUUUUCUAUGGAUGGUGUCAGUGCCAGACCAGGCCUCAGUCAGUCAGUCAUGUUUCUCUUACUGGGGCUCCUCUAGCCUUCACAUCCACUGUGGUUUCACACUCAGACUAACGGUAAAGUUUUCUCUUCGGGUGCUCCCCCUCACUUUCCUUCUGUUUCACCUAGUGAACAGCUGUAUUUAUUUUGAUGAUAAUAGCUUUAAUAGUUGUGUCCGUUCUGUGUCCUGGGCCUGUAAAGUGCACACACAGUUCUCUGGCCCUUCUUCUCCUCUGUGAGGGUGUUGAGGUCUGAAUGUGUGGAUCUGUUCGAGAGUGAAACAGCAACCGCCUUAAGUUCCUCUCUGCAUCCACUCUGCUCUGUCCACCACCCCUUUAUUUGUCUGGCUGUGCCUAUGUCAACAUCCCUGCCAGUGAUUUUUAAAAGAUGUACUUUGCAACUGUGUGAGUGGGAUGGGUUGUGUGUGUCUCAAGCGAGAGGAACGUUCUUGUCCUCGUGUGUGUGAAUAUGAGGGGCUGAAGGGUUGAGUGGCAGGCAGCUCUCUGCAGCUCUUCCAUAGAGAAGCCCCACCAACCGUUGACCAACAGUCAAUCUUUUAUUUAUGUACCUCUGCACUUUUGGCUGUGGUGACUUCAGUACUUAAGUAAUUAUCUAAACUGUAUUUUUAAGAAUUUUAUACAAUAUUUACAUGCAAUACAACAGAUUUUUUUGCCAACCUUUUCUAAAAUGAUUUAAUAGUUUUUAUUUGUGUUGGCGUGUGUUGUUAUACAUACAGAAACAUGCUGUCAAUUCUGUUUUUAGGCCUAAUGUUGCGCCAUGGAGAACUUCCCUGAAUGUUGUAUUGUGUAUCAUAGUUGUUGCAGUUGGACACCACGGAACAGGUAUUGGGAAUAUGUUUGAUGUAUGAGCUAACCAAGUCUAUAUCAUCCAGUAUACGUUUAUCAAGGAGGAAAAGGUGGACUUUUCAGUGAGAAGAAGUAUUUUUAUGUCCUAUUAUAAUUUGAGUAUUUUUAACUCAAAGUAUGAGGCAGUGUUCUAUUUGUCCGUACUCUAUGAGGCAUGGUUACGAAGCCCAGGCACAAACUGUCACCCUCUCUUUGGUUCAAUAUUUCUCUCUAUUUUUAUCCCAAGUGCGAUCCCUUAAACUGUUAAACAAUAACACCAUAGGAAAAGAUACUACGGUGGAAGGAAGCAUUUCAAUUGAAUCUAUAUCAAUAUACACUACCAGUCAAAAGUUUUAAAACACCUACUCAUUAAGGAUUUAUUAUUUUUACGAUUUUCUACAUUGUAGAAUAAUAGUGAAGACAUCAAAACUAUGAAAAAACACAUGGAGUCAUGUAGUAACCAAAAAAGUUUUAAACACUUAGCCACCCUUUGCCUCAAUGACAGCUUUGCACACUCUUGGCAUUCUCUCAACCAGCUUCACCUGGAAUGGUUUUCCACCAGUCUUGAAGGAGUUCCCACAUGCUGAGCACUUGUUGGCUGCUUUUCCUUCACUCUGGUUCGACUCAUCCCAAACCAUCUCAAUUUGGUUGAGGUCAGGGGGAUUGUGGAGGCCAGGUCAUCUGAUGCAGCACUCCACCACUCUCCUUGGUAAAAUAGCCCUUACACAACCUGGAGGUGUGUUGGGUCAUUGUCCUGUUGAAAAACAAAUGAUAGUCCCACUAAGCCCAAAUCAGAUGGGAUGGAAUAUAUUGCUGCAGAAUGCUAUGGUUGCCAUGCUGGUUAAGUGAGCCUUGAAUUCUAAAUAAAUCACAGACCGUGUCACCAGCAAAGCACCAUCACACCUCUUCCUCCAUGCUUCACGGUGGGAACCAUACAUGCAGAGAUCAUUCGUUCACCUACUCUGCAUCUCACAAGACACGGCGGUUGGGACCAACAAGCUCCCAUUUGGACUCCAGACCAAAGGACAGAUUUCCACUGGUCUGAUGUCCAUUGCUUGUGUUUCUUGUCCCAAGCCAAGUCUCUUCUUCUUAUUGGUGUCCUUUAGUAGUGGUUUCUUUGCAGCAAUUAGACCAUGAAGGUCUGAUUCACACAGUCUCCUCUGAACAGUUGAUGUCUGUUACUUGAACUCUGUGAAGCAUUUAUUUGGGCUGCAAUUUCAGGCUGGUAAGUCUAAUGAACAUAUCCUCUGCAGCAUAGGUUACUCUGGGUCUUCCAUUCCUGUGGCGGUCCUCAUGAGAGCCAGUUUCAUCAUAGCGCUUGAUGGUUCUUGCGACUACACUUGAAGAAACUUUCAAAGCUUUUGAAAUGUUCCUUAGUGACUGACCUUCCUGUCUUAAUUAUGAUGGACUGUUUUUUUCUUUGCUUAUUUUAGCUGUUCUUGCCAUAAUAUGAACUUGGUCUUUUACCAAAUAGCGUUAUGUUCUGUAUACCACCCCUACCUUGUCAUAACACAACUGAUUGGAUCAAACGCAUUAAGAAGGAAAGAAAUUCCACAAAUGAACUUUUAACAAGGCGCUGUUAAUUGAAAUGCAUUCCGGGUGACUACCUCAUGAAGCUGGUUGAGAGAAUGCCAAGAGUGUGCAAAGCUGUCAUCAAGGCAAAGGGUGACUACUUUGAAGAAUCUCAACUAAUAAAGCAUAUUUUGAUUUGUUUAACACUUCCUUGGUUGCUACAUGAUUCCAUGUGUUAUUUCAUCGUUGUGAUAUCUUCACUAUUUUUCUACAAUGUAGAAAAUAGUCAAAGAAAAACUCUUGAAUGAGGUUCUAAAACUUUUGGCCGGUAGUGUGUGAUUAAGCAAAGGUAGACCAUCUACUGUGGAUUUUAACAAUAUAGAAAGACAAAAGCAGCAAAUGGUGAAUGUUCCUUCUCCUGAUGCUGUUAGGAAUGUGAGGGGGGGGGGGGGGGGCGGCAUGUGCGGAGGGCCGUUUCCUGUGUCAAUGGUUGUCAUGUGUCGGAUGGGGUUGGCUGUAUUUAUUUAUCAAGGGAGGAUUUGCUUGGGGGGGGGGGCUAAAAUGUGUUCCAUUUAUUUGGUUAAUGCUACCUUGGGCUGAACAACAAAAUGUUGUAUUUUAAACUUGGCAUACAAUGCCACCAUGUGGCCAUAUAAUGCAAGUUGUAAUAAGGAGAACUUAUUUUUUAUUUUGAAAUCAUAUUAAAGUAAUUGAGUACUGUC